AUGGAGUGGUGUCCUGAACAUGCCAUGAAAGCUUACUUGAAGACUUUACAUCUGCGUAAGAACUAUUCUGAUCGAACUAGCACUAGAGGAAGUCCAGAAUUUGAGGAGCCUAAGAUCAUGGAGUUUUUAUCAGCUUUGGCAGCUGGAAACUGUGCUAAACUAAUAGUUCAAAUAACCACAGAGGGAGUGACGCCAGUAACACUUGCAUUGGCCGUAGCUGCAAGACAGAUAGGAGGCAAAUUUGUUUGCAUAAUCCCUCAUGAUCAUGAUGAUGAAGAAGAUAUCAACAAAUCUAUCUGCACGCAUCAUCAGCUUAAUGGCUGUGAUCAUCUCAAAGAUGUAAUACAUAUUGUUGCAGGAAAUCCUUGUGAAAUUAUUAAACAGUUCAAGAAAAUUGACUUCAUGGUUGUUGACUCAAAGGUUGGAGAUCACUUGAAAUUAUUGAAGACUGCUGAUUUGAAUUCAAAGGGAUCUUUGAUGGUAAUGACCAAUCUUUUCAUCAAUGGUCAAAAAAGGGCGUCACUGCGAGAGAUACUCAAGGCCAAAGAUGGAGUUUACUGCAAGUCUGUCACCAUUCCAGUAGGAGAAGGAAUUGAGUUGACAAAAAUUGUACCUUCCAACAAGCAUGGCAGAAAAAGACGCACAAGAUUUCAUGUCACUUAUGAGAAUUAA